GAAAUAACACACCGGAAAUGGAAUAUGUUGCUAGACAAUAGCAUGAUUUGGUUCUAGUGUCUCGUGUUUAUCGCCACCCUUGUGCAGAAAAUGCAUGAAGACAGAAGGAUAGUUGUGUCUCUGUGACAGGACAACACAUAAGGAACAGCAGAAAACUUAGCAACAUAAGCUUUAUUCAUCACACUUGGUACAAGUUGAAGAAACCUCCCCAAGACCAUGGUCCUAAUACUGCUAUUGGUUUUUCUGCACCAGCAACUAAAAAUUUCCAUGUGACAAUUUCUGUCCUUUUUGGCCCGUCUGCGUGAGCGUGCUACGUGUACAAAUGGAUGGACCAAGGAGCCUCAACGCCGCCUAUAUACCAGUCCCCCUUGACAGCCACACUUCAUCAGAGGAUGAAGACAGCGAUGAUCAGACCCUGGCCAUACGCUACUCUCCAGAUGACCGCUACUGUUUGGUGUAUAUCAUCUUCUUCCUCAUGGGCAUUGGCUCUCUGCUGCCAUGGAACUUCUUCAUCACGGCUAAAAGCUACUGGCUUUAUAAAAUGAGUAACAGCACCGAGGAGCAACGAUCUGACCUCAGCGACUACUUUGAAAGCUACCUGACGUUUGCCUCCACAGUGCCCUCGGUGCUGUGUUUGAUUCUCAACUACAUCUUCAUUAACAGAGUCUCCCCAAAUGUGCGCAUCCUGUCUUCUCUCUUUGUCAUCCUGUUGGUGUUUGUGGUGACCACGGUGCUGGUGAAGGUGGACGUGUCCCACUGCAAGGUGGAGUUCUUUGCGGGCACGCUUGCCAGUGUGGCCAUCGUCAGUGGAGCUUCCAACGUCUUCUGUGGCAGCGUGUUUGGUAUCAGCGGUUACUUCCCCAUGAGGAUCUCUCAAGCCAUCAUAGCAGGUCAGGCCAUGGGAGGAACUCUGAGUGCUGUAGCAUCAGUAGUGGACCUUGCACUGGCAGAGGACGUGACAGACAGCGCUCUGGCCUACUUCUUGACUGCAGACAUCUUCAUUCUACUCUGCAUCUUUGCAUACCUGCUUCUGCCUAAGCUGGCCUUUUCAAGACACUACAUGAUGGUCGCCCCAUUCACCAUCCCAGGAGAAGAUGGCGAAGGAGCAGCAUCCUUUCACAUCCCACCAUUGAAGCUAAUCCUCAGGAAGACGUGGGUUCUCGGUCUGAGCGUCUUCUAUGUGUUUUGCGUGACCAUCAUGGUGUUUCCUGCGGUGUCGUCCGGCAUCCAGUCCGUCCACAAGGACAGCGGAAGCCCAUGGACCACCACCUACUUUGUCCCCCUCACCGGUUUCCUCCUGUACAACGUAGCGGACUUCUGCGGCAGGCAGGCCACGGCCUGGCUGCAAGUCCCAGGCCCCACCAGUCUAGUUCUACCUGCACUAGUGCUUAGCAGAUCCGCUUUGGUGCCACUCAUCAUCUUCUGUAACUACCAACCCAGAGACCACCUCCACACUGUUCUGUUCCAUCAUGAUGUCUACCCCAUGGUCUUUAACUGCCUGCUAGGUCUCUCCAAUGGCUACUUGGGUACUCUACCAAUGAUCUAUGGACCAAAGGUGGUUCCACGAGAGCAGGCAGAGGCCACAGGAGUGGUCAUGUCCUUCUUCCUCACUCUUGGACUCGCAGUUGGAUCUGCUCUAUCGCUUGUUCUUGUGCACGCUAUCUAAUUCUAUUAUUUUACCACACAAAGGAAAAUUCCAUCUUACAUAUUUUCAUACUCAUUUUAACAAGUGUUGAUUUGUUCCAAAGAGCCUUCUGCAAACCAAACCUUCAGACCUCAUAUUAUAAUCAUUAUAUUGGCCUGAAAAUACACAUACAGUAUAUCUACUUUGUAUUUAUUUUACACAUGUCUAUGCAAAUACACUGUUUACAUUCUUUUUUAAAAAAAAACAUAUUGUUCAUCAUCACUGUUUUUGGUACUUCAACAGUAACUGCAAUAUUUUUUUGUCGUCAAAGGGAAGCAUAGAACCAUUUGGGGGGAAAAUGAUUAGGUGUAAUUACGAUAUUGACCAGUUGAGGGCGGUACAGGGCAAGAAUUGCCCCUUUUGAGACUUCACUUUUUAAUGGAAAGACUUCCAUUAAAUUGAAAUCCACUACUUUAACAGCAGUCAGUCAUGAAAUUGUACAGUCAGAUUUUUUUUUACUUCUAUACAAGAGAUACAAUUUCAAAUAUGUCUAUAAUUAUAUAACACUGUGUUUUUUGUAUAUAUUAAAAUGCUGUACUUGAAAGUGAAAGACAUGGUACAAUUGUGUUGAAGUAUUUGGCGCUGAAUGACUUCAUUCAAUAUAACAAAUAAAAAUGUGAAAUGUGGUGCUUCUUCAGCUGCCAAUUGCAGAUUUAUUUAAUAAACUAC